AUGGCAAAACGAAUUGACUCAAUCCCAGUUAAGGUAUCUAAUCACUUAAGCCUCAAUUCAAUUCAGGGGAGAAUUUUCUCAAAACAUAUAGUUGACAUAUCUGAAGAUGAGUUAACAACAGAACUAAACAGAUUCAAAGUUAUCUCUGUCAAAAAAAUUACGAGAAAGGAGAAUGGUGUUGAAGUGCCAACAGGUGCCGCAAUACUAACUUUCGACUUGAUUCGCAGACCAAACGAAGUAAAGAUAGGAUGGGUAAAUUGUAAAGUCCAAGAAUACAUACAAAAUCCUAUGCGCUGUGCGACAUGUCAAAAACUUGGUCACACAAAGAAUCGAUGUACCAAUGCUUCUCUUUGUAAAGAAUGCUGUCUCCCUCCACCUCAUGAUGAAUGCACACGUAUUUAUUGUAUUAAUUGUAAGGAAGAGAGCCACACACCAUACGACCCUGCCUGCCCUGCCUUCCUUCGCUACAAAUCGAUAAACAAAAUCAAAGCCGAUCGUCGUUGUUCUCUUCGCGAUGCUUGGGCAAUAUACAAUGAUAAUCCCACUCUUCACCAGCUUCUAGCUCCGAACAAGCGCAAAGAGGGUAAGCCAACAAUAGCAGAGACAAUUAAAGCUCGUUUGGAAAUUUCUAGAUUGCGAGACCAACAAAACCGCUCAGAGAAAAAUUGUUUAAUAGUAGCCUCCACCACAACCACACCAACAGCAUCCACCACAUCACCAGCAGCUCUCACCUGCACAUCAUCAACCAACACCCACUCUAUACCAGCAGCCACCGGAGACAUACCAAAGUCAAUUCAAAAUAGUCUCUCACUACCCACAACAACAAUUAUUCAAGAAAAUAGUAAUCACUUGACUAAGAAAUCACUCAUUGCCAACCAACAGCACAACCAUGAAAUUUUCCCAGCUAACCAACUAACUCAACCAUCUUCCAACAACGCAUCAAACUCCGAAUUUAACAAAAACAACAUAAAUAAUGAAAAAAUUACCGAAGAUCUCUCUGAUGAAUCUUUAACAGAUGAUAUUGAGAUGGAUAUUAGUACUGAGAACUCAUCUCAGUCUUCUACCUCCUAUCUCAAAAACUCUUCAAAUCUCACAAACAAAUCAAAUAACGCACAACUUAAUGAAUAUACCACUAACACAAUACUACUAAACAAAAAAACCCAACCACAAUAA